GAAAAAAAAAAUAUAUGUAUUUUCUACAUAUUAAUAGACUCUAAAAUCGAUUAAAUAUUAAGCCUUUGAAACCCCUAAAUUUCCAAAAUUUUGAAUGCUAAAAUCUAUAACUAACGUUGCAGUUCCCAGAUAUUAAGACAUCAGAUUCCAUCGCCAUACCCAGUAGUGGUGAUGAUGACGAUGAUGAGAAAGAGGAGGAGGAGGAUAAUCGUCAGGGAGAUGCUCCUCAUGCCAUGGAGACGGUUAGCACAGAUUCGAUCUCUGAUGAAGCUGGAACAAGGUUAAAGGUCAAGACCAAGAGCAGGCCAAAAUGCAAGGCUACUGAAACUAAAGAAUCUGAGGUGCUCGGCAAGUUACUGACCCGUGCCGAUGAAUUGGCCAAAAUCCGCAAAGAAAUGUCUCCACACGAGCAGCAGGAUGAGACGUACAUGGGGUAUAUGAAAACACAGAUACAACUUAUCCCAUGUGAAAACUGGUACCAGUUUACAAUAGACAACAUGAGGCUGGUACAAUCGUACGUGGUCAGACACUCUGCAUCAACAGGCCAUCAUGCAGCACCUAACCAGUCCGAAUUAUAUACUCAGAGUUCUUCUCAAGGUUACCGGAUUUUUCCGUCACAUCGCUACUCCCAACUCUCCACUCCCACGUUUAUGUCGCCUCUGUUGAGUGUGUCUGGAGACGCCGAACAUCAGAAACCCUACAUGCAAUCCUCCUAUCGCAGUUACCCGACCGGCACCCAAAAUUGCUGUCUAUCGCCAACUCCUACGUUUGGAAGUUUACCGACCCAGGGGGAGGUACAUAUCUAUAGAAACACCGAGCUCGGGUGGAUUCUUGGCUUCAUAUACGACCACUAUGCCCAUUGACGUCGAGUCUACAGAAGACAUAUCCCCCACUUCAAAUUUGAGCCGAGCAAAUAAAAUCAAACACCAAUUUAGAGUAAAUUUUGGCAACUACAUUUAGAUCAAAGACCUUUUGUAUACUUACAACAUUAAAAUAUGAUAAAAAGUUGUGAAUGAUACAUAUCUGUUGCUUAUACCACAUUCCUAUUGCAUGAGUUACAAUUUUUGGGUAGUUCUUUUAUAGUAUGACAUGGAUAUUGAGAAACAUUUACAAAAAGAUGGUGUUGAUUACAUUAUACAUUGUUAAAUAUGUUACAUUUACCAUGUUUUUAAACAAAUAU